CGUCUCCCUUGCGUUGCCAUCUGCUUAAUCCUCCCCCCGCCAGCUGCUCGUGCUGCUGCAUUGUCCAUCUAAAAUCAGAUCAAGAAGGCUGGCAGAGCCAGACUGCCGCCUUAUAGGUGGCUUUGCACCACCGCCCUAUCGCCCAGCCUGUCCUGCAACGGCUGCACCCGUCAUCUGCCGCCAUGGAGCAGUCAACCUCAUCCUCAUCGCUAAAGUUCCGCCGACCUUCUAGCAAGCUUCACAAAGACCCUCCGCGCUUCUCGACCUCACGUAUUCUGAAAAAUCAACCCAGCAACACCUCAUUGAAGAGACACCCUUCUGCUCCAGUCUACCCACGCUCCCAAGUGGAUGGCAGUCGAGAACAUCUACGAACCCGAUCCAACGCUUACGGCUCUUCAUCGUCGUCUCUCGAUCAGAGCAGCAGCACUGCUCCAUCGCCCGUCCUCGUCCAGCACGACUCCAAUCCAUCGACUGGCAGCUAUCACUCAACGAGAUCCCGCCCCUUGCAUUCAGGGCGUCUGUCACUGAACGAUCGAAGCUCGGAUGAAUUGAUCGGCGCCCCGUUUGACGCGCGGGGCAUGCUCAGCGCCUUGGAUGAGACGAUUUCACAGCCGCAAAACUCUCCUCGAAGGCCUCCGUUGCAGUCUCCUCAUACCAGUCCCGAUCCCCGGGGCGUCCAGACAUUGAGGCAAUCCCAGAGUUUCACCGCUUUGCCUCCACGGAUGGAUACAACCCCGCAACGGGUUGAGGAACGUGCACCAAACUCCAAGAGAUUCUCUGAUGAGGCCAGCGGAACAAAGUCCAACUGGACUGGAAGAAGCAAGAAGAGCAGCUUUUCGAGCUUCGUUAACAGUGUACUGGGCUCUCCCAAAAACAAUAUCAAGAUAUCAGCACCAGAGAACCCAGUUCACGUCACACAUGUCGGAUAUGAUAACCAAACGGGCCAGUUUACGGGCCUACCGAAAGACUGGCAGCGGAUGCUCCAGGAGAGUGGCAUCUCGAAGAAAGAGCAGGAACAGCACCCGCAAACCAUGAUGGACAUCAUGAAAUUUUACGAGAAAAAUGCUACGGGCAACGAUGAUGUCGUCUGGCACAAGUUUGACCACGCGAUGCCCAAGCAGGAUUUCCAAACCUCCUCUGCUGCAUACAGCCCCAGUGCGCCAGUAGGAUCUCCUCCCACAAGUCCUCGAUUCCCACAGAAUCAUGAAGGCAGUUUUGAGAAUCCUAGGGCUCCGCCUCCUGUCCCUCGUGAUGCGCCUGUGACAUCCCCAGGGCUUGUACCAAACCGAUCAGCUCCCAAACCUCCAGCAACAAAUGGAAGUAACUUGGUGCCUGUGCGUCCUCCUCCACCUCCUCCUGUGACGAGUUCACCCGUCCACUCCCCUGGGCGAGCGACGCAGGAAUACGCCUUCAACACCCAACCCACAAUUCCGGAGACCGCACCGCUCCCAGUGGAACCGCAGCUCACCAGGUCGAAUACCAAGACCAAUGGACUCACGAGCCCGCGCUCGCCACAGGGUGGUAUCGUCUCUCCCACCCAGUACCAGCAACAACAAGAGCAGGCGAUGGCCGCUGCCCAGCAGGCUAUUACAAGCAAACAGCUGGACCGGAGCCGCAGCCAACGCCAACAGCAGCAGCAGCAGCAGCAGCAGCAACCACAACGCCAGCCAGCGCAACCGUAUGCGGCCGCUCGACUAGAACAGCAACAGACUGCACAACAGUUGCCUCCGGCACAGUUUAGCAAUCCGGCUAACCCGGCCCCUGUUCCACAACCACCGCAACACACGCACGUUGGACCGGCUCCACGCCCGAGGCCGAGACAGCGCCAGAGCAAUGCUAUCGAUAUUCGCGCCCGGUUGAAUGCCAUCUGUACGCCUGGUGAUCCAACUAAGAAGUACUACAAUCUAAACAAGAUUGGGCAAGGUGCUUCUGGCGGUGUGUUUACUGCCUAUGAGACUGGUACCAACAGAUGCGUCGCCAUUAAGCAGAUGAAUCUGGACCUGCAGCCUAAGAAGGAUCUGAUCAUCAAUGAGAUCUUGGUCAUGAAGGACAGCAAACAUAAGAACAUCGUCAAUUUCAUGGAUAGCUACCUGCACGGCUUGGACCUCUGGGUCGUAAUGGAGUACAUGGAGGGGGGCAGUCUUACGGAUGUUGUGACCUUCAACAUGAUGAGCGAAGGACAGAUUGCUGCUGUCUGCAGAGAGACUUUGCACGGUCUACAGCACCUCCAUUCCAAGGGAGUUAUCCACCGUGAUAUCAAGUCGGAUAAUAUCCUCCUGUCGUUGGAUGGCAACAUCAAACUUACUGAUUUCGGAUUCUGUGCCCAAAUCAACGACUCUCAAAACAAGCGCAACACCAUGGUGGGAACUCCGUACUGGAUGGCACCUGAAGUGGUGACGAGAAAAGAAUAUGGUCGUAAAGUCGACAUUUGGAGUCUGGGUAUCAUGGCGAUUGAAAUGAUCGAGGGCGAGCCUCCUUAUCUCACAGAGUCCCCCCUGCGUGCUCUUUAUCUGAUCGCCACCAAUGGUACUCCCACGAUCAAGGACGAACACAAUCUGUCCCCGGUAUUUAGAGAUUUCUUACACCUAGCGUUGAGGGUGGACCCGGAAAAGCGCGCUUCGGCACAUGAUCUGCUCAAGCAUCCAUUCAUGUCGAUGUGCGACCCUCUUUCCAGUCUUGCCCCUCUUGUGAAAGCUGCGCGCAUCAGUCGAGCCCAGGAGAAGGCCCAAAAGGGCGGCUCGUAGAUGACAUUCCCAUUUAUCUGUCUGUCCCCUUAUCACGUCCAUUUCCUCUACUCUAUUAUACCCCGAUGUCACCGUGCCAGUUGUCAAGGCUUCUGUCCACAUAUUACCACCGGAGAGCGGCGAUAUCUUUUCAUGUCUAUCAUUUGCCACGUUUUAGAUGUCGAUGGUUUCUUCACGGGACUUGCCUUAUGUUAUUUACCCCCAGGUCAGCGACCCUGUUUUAUUCCCGAUGUCAUGGAAUUCCCUCGGCCUUACGGUAUCAUGCCUUAUGUGACUCUUUGAGUUUUUAUGAAUCUGAG